AUCAGCACCACAACAAAAGAGAGAGGGAGAGGGAGAGGUAGGGACGGACCGACAGACAGACAACAGCUGAUCUCCUUAUCUCUCUCAGCGCUGCAGUAGGCCUCGCUUUUUUGCUCCCCAGGCCUACACCAUGUACAGGGCGAGGCCCAGCGCAGGUACCCAGGGGGCGGGAGAGGGUCGGGAGAGGGAGGAGGGGGCUGAGAGAGGAGGUGGAGGCGCCCACUCAGCCCCCCAUCCCCCAAGGCCGGGCAGGAGGGCUGUGAGGGAGCAGGUGCGCGCCUCCAUCCCUGCUGUUACUAUUGGGCUGAUGAUGAUGAUGAUUGGGAGUGCCCUGCUGUUUUGGAAUGAGGGUCGCGCAGUGCAGACGGCCCAGAGUCUUGACGAAGGGUACAGCGGGGUACAGAGAGUGUUGAGUGCUGGUACGGUGUAUGAAGAGAACAACAACAAGCUGGUGCACGUAUGGGGCCCUCUCUCCGUCCCAGUGCUCUCUGACGAUAGCUAUGGGGUGGAGAUCAAUGCGGUGAAGCUCAAGAGACGUGUUCAGAUGUUCCAAUGGGUAGAGGAGGAAUCUUCGCUCCAAUCAGAGGACACCCCCGGCAUGCCCUCAGACACAUCCUACUCCUACUCCUUUGCCUGGCGGGACAAGGUGGUCGAUAGCUCUGCCUUCAGUAUCCCAUGGGGCCACGAUAACCCAAAGACCAUCCCAGUGGAGUCUAGCAUUCGUGUGGCGGAGACAGUAUCAGUGGGGGGGUACCGUCUGGCGGAAACACUGAAGGAGGAGUUUGGUGAAUUUACGCCCUUCUCUGGUGACGAGCAGCCUGGUGAAGGGGAGGUGAAGCUGCACGGGGGCAUGUACUAUCUCACCAAGGACAUUUACAACCCUGAUAUUGGUGAUUUGAGGAUCCAAUUCUACUUCGCUGGCAAGGCUGGUGAGAUGGUGUCAGUGGUGGGGCAGCAGCGGGGGGACACUCUGCACCCUUACCCAACCUCCACUGGGCAGGAGCUCCUCAUAGUGCGGGCAGGCAAGCUCUCUGUGGAGGAAAUGUUCUCCUCUGAGCAUGCCAUCAACAGGGGCCUCACUUGGGGACUGAGGAUGGCUGGCUGGUUCAUCUUAUUCCUGGGGCUGUCUUGUUUGUCCCAUAUUGUGCACUCGUUAGUGUCCAGCUCAGCGUUGAUGCGUGACGUGGUGGCGCUCGGGUUGGGGUCUGCUAACUUGACGAUCAGCAUGACCACUUCCCUGGUGAUCGUGGGCGGUGCGUGGGCCAUUUACCGCCCUGGCUUGGCCCUCCUGAUCCUCAUUGUGGCCUUCCUUCCUUUCAUCAGAGCCGCAGCUAAGCAUGGCCCGAGGCAGGGUGGGGUAGGAGCCAUGGGGCCGCGCCAGGGGUUGCAGGGGGAGGUGUGGGCCCAGGGGGGGUUGUUGGAGGUAGAUUCAGUGGAGGCUCACAGCGUAGAGGUGAGAAAAGAGCCGCUUAGAGAGUGUGUGUGUGUGUGUGUGUGUGUGUGCUUAUUUAGUGUUCUAAGAGAGAGAGAGAUAAUUGUGUGUGUGUUUGUGCGUACGUUGUGUAUGUGUGUGUGUGUGUCUGUCUGUUUGCAAAAUAAAACAAAAUUGAUCGAUAAAUUCUAGGACAUUUCAAAGUUUAGUUAGCGCAACAAUCAAUGUGAGAGACUACCGCUAGGAAUGUCAAACGUGUAAUAGUAGUAAUAGUAGUAAUAGUAGCGAUUGUAUGAAGUAUUAUAUCGUUCAACACUAUUUAUAAGAUUUUUGUAUAAGAAUAGGUAAUAAUAGUAAUAGUAAUAAUAGUAAUUUUUUUUUACUAUUUUUUAAGAUUUUGGUGUUUUAAUAUAGAAAUUACAAAAAAUAAUCUCUAUAUAGUAUUAUAUUUGUCAUUAGGUUAAGUUAUGUGUGUGUGUGUGUGUGUGUGUGUGUGUGUGUGUGUGUGUGUGUGUGUGUGUGUU